UUCCUCAGUUCUCAGUACACCAUGCUGCAAGCCACCCGUCUGCUGCUAGCGUGCGCGGUUCUCGCCGCCGCCGCUUGGAGCGCCACCGCCAGGCCGCAGAAAUCCGCAAACGGCACCAGCUCGUGGCUGAUGGAGGAGCCGUGCGCGCGCACCGGGGGGCUGUGCCUCAAGGAGGACGAGUGUCCGGAGGGCUCGCUCACCGCCCAGAAGGGCCUGUGUCCCGAGCAGCAGGGCCUCGGCGUCGAGUGCUGCCACGGAGUGUCGAGGCUGGAGCGGCGCUGCCACGCGCGAGGCGGCAUCUGCCGGCCGGCCGGCGAGUGUCGCUCCCGGCAGCUGUGGCUCACCGAGGCCAAGGACUGCGCCCGCGGCGAGACGUGCUGCGCCCUGGUGGCGUAGGGGCCCCUCGCCGACUGCGCCCGUCGCCCCGUCCUGCCGGCCUCCCCUUCAGCUGACAGUACCGCCUGGUCGGCAUUUCAGUCGCGGGAAGGUCAAAUAAACUGCUUGCUGUAUUGUGCAUUUAAUGUAAUGCCUUUUUUUAUUUUAAAACAUUUUCCAUAAUUUUCCCCCUAUAAAGCAAGGGCAACCAACUGCACACCUGAUAUUACAUCAGCAUGGAGCCUUCCAUGAGCGUUGAUCCGGGAAGGGGGGGGGGGGUAGGGAAGUAGGCUCGCUUGCGCUUGCAGAAUCGUGACGUGUGAGACGGGGUUGGUACACGUCAACCUGAAAACUAUGUUUUAUGGAAAACUUUCCGUGCAUUUUAAAUUGUUCUGCUUAUUGCAUGCAUGCAGGCCAACACACGGGAAAUAUAAAACACAGAAUCAUCCUAUCCAGAGAUGUAUCGGUUAAAACACCACGCGCAAAACUCGGGCCGUCCCCCCUCCUCUUGUGAAUCCUACACUUUUGCGCCCCUGGAGCCUACUGCAGUUAAAAAGUCGACUUUGCGCAUUUAGGCCGUUUCACUUUUGUGCGAUGGUGCUGCUACCACUAAGAUAUCUGUCGUAAAAAUUGUAUCGGUGGAUGCGAAUCGUCCAGCUAGAAUGCGUUGGAACAAAAAAGUCUGUUUCGUUAGAAACGUCAGGCGGUACUGUUUGCUAAGCGACAGAAUAUGUUGUCAGAAGACAGUGUUCAGACUACACUAUUCUAACAUAAAUAUUGAAAAUAUGUUCUUUUCCUUUGUAUUGUUCACGUUGUUUCAUGGCUAUUCUUAGAUUUAAAGUUUUGUUAGUAAUUUUUUUCAAAUGCUAUU